ACCAUGGCUAUACAGGGCUGUGCCGGAGAGCAAUGAAUGGAGUCAAUUACUGAAGCUAUUUUGUUCUACUUCGCCAUGUUAAUUUUUGUUCGGGGCCUAUUAGGUAUCACAUUCAGAAAAUCUGACCGUGUAAGCCAUUUCUCACCUGCUACAUUUACUCCAUUCCCGCAAAACUUGUUCUUCUUUGUCAACAACUUUCUUUGCUUAUUCAGAUACCCAUUUUCCACAAAUACUAGUAAUACUUUUUUGAAUGAUAAUUCCAUUAAGAAUAUCAUACGGGAAGAGAAAUGGGAAGAUGAUAUUAGGAUUGCAAGACUUUUUGAUUCCGCUUUAGCUCCUAUUUGGGUCUCCGAAAUUCUAUUGGCAUUGAAACAAGACCCAAGGUUAGUGUUGAGGUUUUUCAAGUGGGCAAAAACACAGACUGAUUUUUAUCAUACUGCAGAGGGUUAUUGUAUUGUAGCUCACAUUUUGUUCUAUUCUAGAAUGUAUAGUGAUACAUAUGAUGUUCUAAAAGAACUGGUUACCUUGAGUAAUGAUAAAAAGGUAUUGCGUUGUUCUGAUGUACUUGAUGUUCUUUGGUCAACAAGGAAUGCUUGUAAGCCAGGGUAUGGGGUGUUUGAUGCAUUAUUUAGUGUACUAAUUGAGUUGGGGUUGCUUAAGGAGGCUAGUGAGUGCUUUUUAAGGAUGAGAAGUUUUAGAGUUCUUCCCAAAGCACGAUCUUGCAAUUAUCUUUUGCACAGAUUCUCUAAGUUAGGUGAUAAGAACUCAUCAUUGAAGUUCUUUGAUGAUAUGAUUGAGUCUGGAAUUGUUCCAACAGUGUAUACCUACAAUAUAAUGAUUGACUAUUUAUGUAAGGAUGGGGAUUUGAAUGCAGCAAAAAGGUUAUUUGCUCAGAUGAAGGAUAUAGGCAUUGAACCAGAUAUUGUUACAUACAAUUCUCUCAUUGAUGGAAUUGGUAAGCAUGGGGAGCUUGAGGAGAUGGUUUCUAUCUACAAAGAAAUGAAGAAAUCUAAAUGUCUUCCUGAUGUAGUAACAUACAAUACAUUGAUCAAUUGUUUCUGUCGAUCUGGAAGGAUGGCAGUAGCAUUUGAGUAUCUGCAUGAGAUGAAGAGAAGUGGCUUGAAGCCCAAUGUGAUUACCUAUAGCAUAUUUAUUGAUGUUUUUGCCAAAGAAGGAAUGUUACAAGGAGCUAUCAAGUUCUUUGUAGACAUGAGGCGGGUUGGUCUUGCUCCUAAUGAAUUUGCUUAUACUUCGUUGAUUGAUGCUCAUUUUAAAGUUAGUAAAGUUGAUGAAGCGUUGAAGCUUGUUAAAGAGAUGCUAGAGGUAGGAGUUAAGUUAAAUGUCGUGACCUAUGCGACAUUGGUCGAUGGCCUUUGUAAUGUGGGGAGUAUCAAGGAAGCUGAAGAAGUUUUUAGGGUCAUGUUGAAGGAUGGGAUUGUCCCAAAUUUAGAAGUCUAUACUGCUCUUAUCCAUGGGUAUAUCAAAUCAAAAAGGCUAGUGGAUGCUUUGAAUAUUUUGGAACAAAUGAAAGAAAAUAAUAUCAGACCAGACACAUUACUCUAUGGAAUAGUUUUAUGGAGUUUUUGCUCUGACGAGAAUUUUGAAGAAGCCAAAGUUUUAUUUGAUAAAAUGAAGGGACUUGGGAUAGAGGGAAACUAUGUCAUAUACACAAUACUUGCUGACGCUUACUUUAAGGCUGGAAAAUCUGUAGAAGCACAGGCUCUGCUAAAUGAAAUGCAGGAAAGAGGUAUUUCCCCUACAGUUGUGACGUAUUCUGCAUUAAUUGAUGGCUUGUGUCGGCUGGGAUUUGUCCAGGAAGCAAUGGACCAUUUCCAUUCUAUGCCAAAAAUGGGUUUGCAGCCUAAUGUUGUGGCUUAUACAGCUCUAAUUCAUGGCCUCUGUAGAAAUAAAUGUCUAGAGGCUGCGGAAAAGAUGUUCAAUGAAAUGCUUGGAAAAGGUAUCCAUCCAGAUAAAAUAGUUUAUACAUCCUUGAUAGAUGGAAAUCUAAAGCAGGGAAAUAUUCAAGAUGCUUUAGAUUUACGAAGGAGAAUGACCGGUAGUGGUUUGGAGCUUGACCUUCAUGCCUACACUGCUUUGAUUUGUGGGCUUUCAAAAAAUGGCCAGGUGCCUCAGGCGAGAAGUUUUUUUGAUGAGAUGAUUGAGAAGGGUGUUAAACCUGAUGAGGUUGUAUUUUCAUGUCUUAUAAGAAAAUAUCAAGAGAUUGGUAAUCUGGAAGAAGUUCUUGCAUUGCAAAAUGAAAUGAUGAAAAGAGGCCUUACGACAGUUACAAGUGACGUUGCAGUUCAUAAUAUGCAAACCUGAGUAAUUGUAUUUUUUUGUCUGGUUACAUCAUUGACAGAAGAGGUCACGAUUAUACUCAGUGUGCUCUCCUAUAUCUAAUUCAACCCCAUCUCAAUACUGAGGGUAUUGGGUUGUCUCCUAGGUUUGAGCCUGCCCAGAAACAGAGGAAAGGCGCCUUUUCUCUGGUUUGUAGAGUCGAGUUUCUCGUUUACCCACAACGAAGGAGACGCUCCCACCAUGCAAGCAACCAUGGGUCAUAAUGCACUCUUCGCACGACAAGUCCACAUUGAAGUUGACUUAUUUGCUUGGCCAAUUGUCGGGAGCUCAUUACUGCUUCACAGAGGAGAGCUGGAGGAAGAUCAAAGUAUCACUGAACAUGAUGGAUCUUUAAGGAACUUCUACAACAAUGUGACCAUCAACGUAUAUCCCAUGAGACAGCAGAGCCGAAAUCUUUUACAUUGUCAUGGACUAAGCAUGAAGUUGUUUCAAGUCAUAUUGAUUUGGAGGCCAAUUACCAGCUCAAUCUUGACAUGAUGAACUGAGCAAGAAGGGAACUGUCAUGAAGGUUAAAUUUUGCUCUUUACUGAGGGGAUGAACAUGAAUUAGUGAUCAAUGACAUGAAAACAAUGCUCUCUUUUUCUGAAUGGCAUUGGUGGAAAACCACUGGUUUUUCCCUGGAAGC